AUGUGGGGAGAAGCGCUCAAGCGAAGCAGACAAUGUCGCGGCUUCUACUUGGUCUUUUCUGAUAAUACCUUACCAUAUCGGUAUCAUUUCUCUGUAAUCGUCGGCCUUGAGAAGGACAGCCAGUUCAAUGAAGAAGAGGAGGACGAGGACUCCCCCUUCGAAAUUGUGCGCAUCGCGGUGUCCAACAAGGACAACCCUGACCUGCCGUCAAUGACCUUUCCGCACCUGUUCUACUGGUUCCGCCAGAACCAGCUGACUCUCGGCGCAUCUGUCGUUCAGAUUAUUUCCUUCCCUUGCGGCUACCUGAUGGCCAAGGUCCUACCCACCAAGGUCUUCAGUACCUUUGGCUGGAAGUGGACCCUGAACCCAGGCCCGUUCAACAUCAAGGAGCAUGUCCUGCUCACCAUCACUGCCACUGCCUGUGCCACGUCUGCCUAUGCCAUCGACGUGGUCACCAUCAAGAAGAUGUGGUACGAGUCGGACCUCGGCUUUGGCGCCUCGCUGCUCUUUCUGAUGACAUCGCAGCUUCUGGGCUAUUCUUUCGCUGGUCUGUCGCGCCGUUUCCUUGUGUAUCCGUCGGCCAUGCUGUGGCCUACCACUCUGGUCACUGCCACCCUGUUCCGCACCUUCCACGAGACUACCAACUGGGGAAAACUGUCGCGUACCAAGGUCUUCUGGAUUGCGUUUGCUGCAAGCUUUGCAUGGUACUUCGUGCCUGGGUUUGCCAUGCCGCUGCUGACUGCUAUUCCGAUUCUUUACUCUGGUCUGGGCAUGCUUAACCUGACCCUCGACUGGUCCACGAUUGCGUCGUACAUGGGGUCCCCGAUUUCGUACCCAUUCCCCAUGGCCUGCAACCUGUUCGUCGGCUUUGUGAUCAUGGCGUGGAUUGCUACGCCCGCCGGCUACUAUGCCAACACCUGGGACACUGGGCUGUACCCGAUUUACACUGCAGGGCUUUUCCUGCCCAACGGCUCAAAGUACAACAUCAAGAAGAUCAUGACACCCCACCAGACGCUGGACCCAGUCAAGUAUGCCGAGUACGGCCCCCUGCGCAUGACCUACAUGUUCGGCUACACGUACGGUGUCGGCUUUGCUGCGAUCAUGGCGCUGCUCGUUUAUGUCGGCCUGCACUACGGAAAGGACAUCGUCAGACGCUUCCGCCAGUCACGCACGAUGGACGAGGACAUCCACAUGAAGCUGAUGCGCAACUAUGAGGAGGUCCCGCAGUGGUGGUACCUGGCUACCUUUGUCGCCACAUUCUCCGUCUCGAUUGUUACCUGCGAGGUCUUCCAUCUCAUGAACUGGUACUGGAUGGUGUUGGCUACCGUCAUCCCCUUCAUCUUCACCAUCCCGAUUGGCAUUAUCCAGGCCAUUAGCAACCAGCAGCCGGGCCUCAACAUCAUCACCGAAUUCAUCAUCGGUUACGGAAAAGCCGGAGACCCUGUCGCUAAUGUCACGUUCAAGGUGUACGGCUACAUCACCAUGACCCAGGCACUGAAUCUAGUCUCCGACCAAAAGCUCGGCCAUUACAUGAAGAUCCCGCCCCGCCACAUGUUCAUCCAGCAGAUGGUCGGCACAAUCCUUGCCGGUUUGGUGCAGCUGCUUGUUGCAUACUGGCUGAUGAACUCCAUCGACAACAUGUGCACACCCGAGGGGUAUCCAUGGACCUGCCGUUCAGCCAACACCUUCUACUCGGCGUCCGUCAUCUGGGGUCUGGUCGGUCCUGGCCGGAUGUUUGGAGGGGACUCGCCGUAUCACACUGCGCUGUAUCUCUUCAUCCUAGGUGUGCUUAUCCCCAUCCCCUUCUGGUACCUGUACAAGCGCUACCCGAACAGCAUUUGGAAGCAUGUCCACAUCCCUGUGAUCAUGAGCAUUUCCGGCAGCAUGCCGCCGAUGCCCACUGGUACGCUGGUGAACUGGUUCAUUGGUGCGUGCUUCCUUGUUGCUUUGUGGCAGAAGCUGUAUCGGGUUGCGUGGCAGCGCUAUGCCUUUGCCACAUCUGCUGGACUGGAUUCCGGGUUGGCCAUCUCAGGAAUCGUGAUAUUCUUUGCCUUCCAGAAUGUAGUCGUGCCAGCAUACUGGGGCAACAAGGAGGACUACUUGACGACUGCGGCCAGGCAGAAAUCAAUUGCAUCUGGUGAUUAUUUGGGAAUUCGGUAA